GGAAGAAGAAGAAGAGGAAGAAGAGGAAGAAGAGGAAGAAGAGGAAGAAGAGGCAACUGAGGCUCCGAGCAAUCAAACAGAAACGCACAGCAACUUUACAGAGUCUUCCCUCGGCGAGUGUCAGACUGCUGACAGAGAAAUCAGCUGCAGGGGCAUCGGCAUGACUCACCUGCCAAUCAUUCACAACCUGGAGGCCACAAAGCUGGACAUGGCAGAGAACAACAUCAGAAGCCUCACACCACAAGCUUUCUCCGGCCUGCCGAACCUUGACACACUGGACCUCAGCAAAAACAAACUGGACGAUGAGUCAUUCAGCCAGAACCCCCUGUCUAAUUUGACCUCUCUGAAGAAACUGAACCUAGAUGGCAACCAGCUUACCAGGAUCCCGGCACUGCCACCAUCUCUCGAGGAGCUCAGGAUUAACAACAACAAGCUUAGUACACUCACCCCUUACUGUUUCAAAGGUCUGAUGAACCUGUUGAAUCUGGAGUUGGAGGAGAAUACUCUUCAUGAGGGCAGCGUGUCACCUCUAGCCUUCAGACCUCUGGAAGGGCUUCUGAACCUCCAGUUGGACAACAACCACUUCCGUUCCAUCCCUCUGGGCCUGCCUCCCUCUCUUCAGGAGCUGGAAAUGAACAAAAAUCUCAUUGAGGAGGUGCCAGAAAAGGCGCUGAGGGGCUGUGUCCAUCUAAGAGUCCUAGACCUGAAUCACAACCUGCUGCAUGAGCAGGGCAUUGGUAGCCACGCCUGGACCCAUCUCAAGUCCCUGGAAGCCUUGGACCUGUCCUACAACCAGUUCACCUCCGUCCCAAUAAAUUUGCCUCGUCCUCUCCGUAAACUGGCCCUCCAACACAACCACAUCAGUCACAUCCCCGCUUUCACAUUCCGUCACCUGCGGCCUGGCCUACAGUCCCUACACCUAUCCCACAAUGCCUUGAGCAAUGAGGGUAUAGAGCAGUUCUCUUUUGUUGGAACAUACCGCUCGCUGGGUGAGCUCCUUUUGAACAGCAAUCAUCUGGGAGGGGUCCCUGGCUGCGUUCGACAGUUUAAGAACCUGCAGGUGCUGAGACUAGACAACAACCAGAUCAGGCUGGUGAGGAAGUGGGGAGUGUGCCACCCCCGUAACUCUGGCUCUACCUUGGCUUCGGUCCACUUGGAAAAUAAUCUGCUGGAGGUAGAGAAGAUUCCCCAAAAUGCCUUCUCCUGUCUGACUGAUGCCCAGGGGCUGGUCCUCUAUCCACAGCAGGGGUACACUUAUGACCAAUAGGUCACAUAGAUAUAAAAACAAAAAAACACACACGUGCAACAUCAUAACGUACAACUGCACAAAUCUCUCUGGUGGUUUCCUGUGUCCUUCCUUUACCGCUCGUCUCAUUUGUGCGUCAUUAUAAUCAUCUGGAAAUAGCUUUAUCAUGUAGUUUUCUUAGUCAGCCAGAGCUUUCAUUUUAACAUCACCAAACCCAUCUUUUUCUUUCACAUCUCAUCUUUGAUUUGGAAAAUGAUUGUAAUGUUUUGGUGGGUAUUAAAGCCAAUGUGUAAUUUA